AUGGCCACAACGUCCACUACACUCGCUUCAACUCCUUCUUCGUCUUCUUCCUCGUCCGUGGCUGCCGCUUCUGCUUCCUCUUGCUCUUCCUCUUCGUCCUCGUCUUCCUCCACUUCCUCCUCCACCGGCGGGAACCACAUCGCGGUCUACGACAACCACUUCUACAACACCGACACCAUGGAGGAGUUCUACAUCAAGGGAGUCGACUACCAAGUCGGCGGCAACGCAGCAAUGUCCUCUGGCUCCGACCCCCUCUCCGACAUAACCUCCUGCAACCGCGACAUUCCCUACUUCAAACAACUCGGCAUCAACGCCAUCCGCGUCUACUCCGUCGACAACACCCUCAACCACGACGAAUGUAUGUCAGCCCUCGCCGAUGCCGGGAUUUAUUUGAUACUCGAUGUCAACACACCCGCGGAGGGACAGAAUAUCGAGUCGUAUGAUCCGAGUGGGACGUAUACAUUGGGGUAUUUGGAGCAUGUUUAUAAGACGAUUGAUGCGUUUGACGGGUAUGGAAAUUUGCUGGGUUUUUUUGCGGGGAAUGAGGUCAUUAAUGACACGACUUCGUACAACCUCGCGGCACCCUAUGUCAAAGCCGUUAUUCGCGACAUGAAGGCCUACAUUGCCAAGAACUCUCCUCGUACAAUCCCGGUUGGGUACGCGACCAACGACGACUUGACGUACCGUGUUCAGUUGUCCGAGUACUUGGCAUGUGGACCGACCAACGAGGCCGUUGACUUCAUCGGGUUGAACCAGUACGAAUGGUGCGGCUACUCAAACUACGAAGCCUCCGGCUACGCAAACCUCACAGAAUCCUUCACCUCCUUCCCCCGCCCAAUCUUCUUCUCCGAAUACGGCUGUAACCUCGUCUCCCCCCGUCCCUUCACCGAAGUCGCCUCAAUCUACUCCUCCAACAUGACUUCCGUAUUCUCUGGUGGUCUGGUCUUCGAGUGGGUCGAGGACAGUAAGAACUAUGGGUUGGUGGAGGUGAAUGGGGGGAGUGUUACGGUCUUGCAGGAUUUUGAGAAUUUGGAGAGGGAAUUGAGGAGGGUGGAGGGGGAGAUUCCGGUGAGGAAGGUUGGGGGGAGUGGGGUUCGGGAGGAGAGUUGUGCGGCGGGGAGUCAGAGUGUGCCGGAGCCGCCGAAGGGGGCUACGACUGUUAAGCCAACUUCUUCGCCUGUGUCGUCAUCUUCGUCUUCUUCUGGUUCGACAUCAAGCUCUGAAUGCACCUCUGGUUCAGGCUCUUCGUCUGGCUCUGGUUCAUCUUCUGGUACGUCUGGCAAGACUGGCGCCGCCUCGGGUCCUUUCUACUCCAACUCUACCACCGGAGGCUGCGCAGGAUGUUCUGGCUCCUCUGGAUCUGGCUCUUCUUCCACCUCCUCCUCCUCCUCCGACAACGUUAAGACGGGAAGCUCCACAAGCGCCGGAACUGACUCGGGUACUGGCAUGACCACUUGGAAUAUGACUGGAUACACUUGGUCUGGUUCUGCGUCUAACGCUGGUGGUAAGGCUGCUGAUGCACCCUCCGGGACUGGUGCUGGUGCUGCUUCUGGUAUGGGCUCCAAGUCUAGCUCCACUGGUUCUUCCGAUUCCACCGCUUCUGCUGCCUCCUCCUCCACAGUCAACUCCGCCGGCUCUGUCUCCAGCUCCGUCCAACUCAACACCACCGCCGCCGCAGCCCUCGCCACCCCCAAGAACUCCACCGCUGUGCCCUACACCGCCCUCACCGACACAGAUAGCGAAUCCACCUCCAACUCUGGGCUAGGUGGUGCGAGUAUCGUCACGCAGGAGACUUCUGCUGGUGUGAAGAUCGUGGGGAGGGAAGUUGAGGGGUGGGUUUGGGGUGUUGUAGUUUUGGUGGGUGCGGUUGUUAUUGGUGGGAUGGAGGGGGACGUUGUUGGGUUGGUUGGGUUGUGAGUGUGAGUAUGAGUAUAUUGUGGUGGGAUUGGAGAGAUUUGUAGGAUGGACUGGUUGACUUGUUUCGUGAUAUAUCUGGGUCAGAGAAGUGAGGGGAAAGUUGUGUGUUUGGGAUACCCGGUUAUAGGUGUGACCACUGGUGAUUUGUUUUUUCAUUUUUGUGAUACCCGGCGUGGGAGUUUGCAAUGGGGGAGCGGGAGUGACAUUGAGAUUGAGAUACCUAUAAUUGUGGACGGUACAACAAGAGGAUUAGAUACGCAUGCCUUGAUACGAUGGAUUUGCAUGUCCAUGUCCAUGUCACCUCCAAGACCUCCCAUCGCCAACCUGCACUCAACUCUUAAACCUCGAUGUCAAUUCACGACCGUUGAGGACGGCUGUGACAAACUACCGACGUCAUGACACCCGCUCCGCAUCGAGGCCGAACACCGCACGUGAUCCGCGUCUCAAUUGCCGAAGUCACGCA